AUGCAAUCGACCUCUACUGCCAAGGAGAAUGUGAAACUCGACUGGGACUCGUUCUUCAAGCUCCGCGCUUCCCGCCGCCGAUACUCCCUCGCGUCGUCAAUUGCGACUUCGCUCGCCUCGACAACCGCCGGCGUGCAAAUCCUAUCCGGACAGGAUCUGGAGUCCCUCGGUGCUCAGGUCAUGGGCCUGGAUCCCUUUGUGGUCCUUGGUAUGGCCACGGCAGCUUGUGGUGCUGUUGGCUGGCUCGCUGGCCCGAUGGUUGGAAAUGGCAUCUGGGGAUUGGUUUACCGUCGAUUCAAGCCCUCCGUUGCGAUUAAAGAGAAGGAAUUCUUCGACCGUAUCCGCCAAUACCGCGUCGAUCCCUCCACCAACUCGAUCUCCAACCCCGUCCCAGACUACUAUGGCGAGAAGAUCGGCAGCGUCAAAGGAUACCGAGCGUGGCUGAAGGACCAGCGGGCUUACAACCGCAAGCGCCGCAACUUCAUCGCCUAA